CCCCCUGAAGCGGCCGGAGCCGCGCCCGCCGCCCGCCGGGACGAUGGUGCGCUGCGGGGCGGCCGCGCUGCUCGCCGCGCUCCUCGGCGUCUGCGUCUGGACCGACGAGACCGGGAAAGUUAUCUCGGACCGGUUCGCCGUCUACUGGAACCGGAGCAAUCCCAGGUUCCACCGCGGGGACUACACGGUGGAGGUGAGCAUCAACGACUACCUGGACAUCUACUGCCCGCACUACGAGGAGCCGCUGCCGGAGCGGAUGGAGAGGUACAUCCUCUACAUGGUCAACUACGAGGGCCACGCGUCCUGCGACCACCGGCAGCGCGGCUUCAAGCGCUGGGAGUGCAACCGCCCCGACUCCCCCAACGGGCCCCUCAAGUUCUCCGAGAAGUUCCAGCUCUUCACCCCCUUCUCGCUGGGCUUCGAGUUCCGACCCGGCCACGAGUACUACUACAUCUCCGCGUCCCCCCCGAACACGGUGGACAGACCCUGCCUGAAGCUGAAGGUUUAUGUUCGGCCAACAAACGAUUCCCUCUACGAGUCCCCGGAGCCCAUUUUCACCAGCAACAACUCCUGCUGCAGCCUCAGGGUGCCGCCGGCGGCGCUGGCGGUGGUGCCGGUGGUCUGGACGCUGCUGCUCUCCUAGCACCGACACCGGCGCGAUCCCGCCCGCCCCGAAUCGCCUGGAGGGCGCCCGGAGAGGAUCCUGAAUUCCGGGAUGGGUCCCGAGCUCCAUCCCUGCCCCGCAGCUGCGGAUGUCCCGGUGGGGCGUUGCUUUUUACAUUUCUAGACCAAAUACAGAGUCCUCGUCCGUUUGGGGUUUU